UCUUCUAAGAGCGGGACCCCGGCGCAGUCCUAGGGGUGGAAACGGGAGGAAGAUGCGAGAGGUGGUACGGCAGGCAGGACGAGGACCCCCCGGAUGGCCUACUAUAUUCUCAUCAUGAUGUCAACAAUUCACAGCGAUACCCAUCAAUAACUCAUUCGAUACUACAUAGGGUCUGUAUCGAUACCGUUUUCUGGGCCAGAUGGAGUGAUUUCUGAGCAGCUAAACAGAACGAAAACUUAUCAAACACCAAAAAUUCUUCUCGACCUCUAUGUUUAUCCGUCUCGAAAAGUGCCCUUUUUUCUCAAAGACGUCGAAAGUCUUACGUUUUUCGAUCUAUAUCUACAUGUACCGACCUCUUUUUUGUCAAUUCUCCAAGUCACUGGGGAUCAUCGAUCAUUGAACGAUGAAUGAUGUUAAAUUCAAGUUGGCUGACUACACCACUGAUCACAGAACGUUCAACUUCACUUACAUAACAAUAAACAACUUUGAUGCUGCGACUCUUGCGACAGCAAUGUUUAUGCGUUACUGCUCGCAGGGCCUCUCAUCAGAGAGGCUUCUUCACCCUCCCGAACUUCUCGUCUUUCUCGCCCUCAUCGACAUCACCUGACCCUGAUGAACAGCCAGCAACACAGACUUACCACGAACGCAAGAUUUUUCCUUACGGACGCAUGGAUCUGUACAACUUAGUUGCAGAUGUUGGCUCAUAUUCCAGUUUUUUGCCAUAUUGCACUGGCUCAAGAAUCUUGGAACGACGUGUGGGCCAGGAUGGUGUGGUCACGAUGGACGCAGAGUUAAUGGUCGGUUUCUUGGCAUUUAAGGAGAGUUAUAUUAGCAGGGUGACGUGUCGGCCUUAUGAAUCCGUCCAGGCCGAAGCAUCGAGUUCAACCCCUCUCUUCAAGACCCUCCAAACAACGUGGCGCUUCCAACCAGCUUCAUCAACAUCCCCUCACCUUUCAAGUGGUCUACUGCUCCAUGGUGAUGCCAGGAACUCCGUACCCGUGGAUAGCCCUUCUCCUGACGCCGGACCCACUCUUGUCACACUGGAUAUCGCUUUCGCAUUUGAAAAUCCGCUGCACUCUGCUCUCUCUGCCAAGUUUUUUGGAAAUGUGUCUAUGCUGAUGGUGCAAGCCUUUGAAGAACGCUGUCUAGCUGUGUACGGAUCAGGGACUAAGUAAUGUACAGACGUGCAAUGAAAACAGAUGUUCGAAAUACAAGGGAAUUAAUAUUUGCCACGGCGAUUUUGGUACAUGUGGGCGGAAGUGAGAACUAUGCGAUCAGAUCUUCCCCGUGAUAGAGGCUGCUGAAACCCUACAUACACGAUGGGUCAAGGGACCCAAGGCCAUAUGAAGCCUUGCGACGCUCAGGCGUAUGGCAGGCCUGGACUAUGGCGCACACGUCAGUUCGGUUUGCAUCGGCAAUUAGGCGCGACGCACGACGAGGCUCGAAGUGGUUCGUGCUGGGCAAAAAUUGCUACUAGAGGCCAAAUGCAGGAAACUCGGGAGCCUUGACUCUUUUUGCUAUAUCAUUAUCAGCUUCGUAUUU